AUGGCAGAACCAAUUUCUGAGGCGAGCUGUAAAGACUCUGACCUAGAAAGGGAUGAAAAAUGUGGGACAGAGGAUCAAAAGAGGACUUGGAAGACCCAGACUCUGCAGGAGCUGGAGGAGGUUUCACAUUCAGCUCCACGCUCCUGUCGCCAUGGAGAUGAGCUCGGUCUCUGGCAGCUGGGCAUCACUUAUGUGCUGAAUGCAGCGCAUGGAAAACUGUGCUGUAAGGUCAGAGAUGACUUUUAUGGAACCACGGUGAAAUACCACGGCGUCCCAGCCAAAGACUUGCCAACAUUUGACCUUUCACCUUUUUUUUACCCUGCUUCUGAGUUCAUACACCAGGCUUUUACAUCUGGAGUCCUAGCCUACCUGAUGAUUCAUCACCACCUCAGUCUUCUGUCCUCUACACGCUGUGUGCAACAGAAAGGCUGGAUUUUCCCAAACAGAGGCUUUUUACGACAGCUUAUAGCCCUACUCUGA